AUGCUACUGGGACUGGACCAACGUGAUGAUCCUCAGGACACACCUGCAUUGCGUGCUCACCGUUUGGCUGACUGGCUGAACAAAAGACUGGAAGCACGCGCGGUUGAUGGUUGGGACAUCGCCUGCGACGACACUGUGGGAGAGCUGGUUGGUCUCAUUCCUGGGGGCGACCUUCUUGGUUUGGUGUGCGCCGGAAAGUCAAUCUACGAUGCCCGCGACGCGAUCAAGUGUCUUUUUGGAGGUUGCCAAACCGUCACGUACAUCGUCACCAAGACGAUGACAUACGACUUCAAUUACUCAUGGUUGAUAACCUACCCAACAAUCUCACAGGCUGUGACAUACGGUGGAGGCAACAAAGUCUUGUCCUGUGUCAAUUGUGGCUUCUCAAUAUCUUCCAUCUCAUUCAUCGGCAAGAUCAUUGUAGUCAUCACCAACGGCGUAGUCCAAAUUCAGCAAGCUGACGUUACGCCCGGGAUAUCCGGUGUUGCGAAUGCGGUUGUUCGGCUUCAGUCAGACGGGCCGUGGAACGGGAUAUGGAAUUACAACUAUAAACCAGUGGACCUUGGCCCUAUCAAGAUGGAUGGUGCAUUCCGGAUCAACCCUGCCGUCCUCUACAGCAUCGGCAUCGAGUACUCCACGGACUCGAGCGUCGACAUCACAGGCGGAGCUCGCUUCACUUGGGCUAAUGCCGCCGCCACCGUAAAUAUUCUCCAGAGCAGGGUGACAACGCAGAGGAACUGGAAACCGACUGUCGAGUUCACCUUUCCCUCGUUCCGGCAGGGUUCUGCGGUCAAGCUGAAGCCGUUCAUACGAUGGGUCAUCAAAAUGGAGAUCGAUAUUUAUGACAUGAUCAAGCUCAAACCGUUCGUCACAGAUCAGACUGUAGCUGGUAUUGAAUCGACAUAUUCUUUCACCACCACAUCAAACUGCCCGGCAAACCAACUAGCCGUCAACAAUUACGUGUACAGCGCCAACACUAUUGGCUUCGGCACUGGAAGAAGCGCAGUGCUGUUCGACGGAACGGCGGGCAGCGCCAAGCAAUGCUUACUUGUGCCAGGAAUCACCCCCUCGCCCGAUGAGCUGGCAUCACUGAGGCUGGUUGGCCAGGCCUUCUGCACGGAGUACAUCAAUUAUAGACCACCCUCGACUUUCACCUACACUACUCAGACAUCCACCGUCCCCACCACCACCACGACAUUUGUGACCACCACUGUCUUCACCACCGCGACGGUUACCGAGUAUAAGAGCGUAAGUCUCGACAGUUACUUCACACGGACGUUCGCUGCACAAACGACGACCGUCACGGAUACCUCAAAAGCCGUGAACUUCUUGUACUUGAACUACAAGCGAGGUUCAGAGAAUACACCCACGACAACAGCGGACGGCAUAGACAAGCGCGCUGUUCCCUCGCCUGCCUUGGUGAGAACCUGGGACGCAACUAAGAUCUCCUUCGCAUGCAAGCAAAUUGCCACUGGUACAACGACUCUCACCGUCACAGCCACGACGACUGCAACGGCCGGAACGGUCACCGUAACUGGCACUGUUACACGAAAUCAGCAAGCCCCGUUCGUGACUGUCACGUAUACGUCCACCUUCAGACGCUACCUCGGCAUUGCGACAGCUACGGCCGCAACUGUUGCCACGGAAACUGCCUGUCCGCCAUCCACCGUGAACAAGUGCUUCAAACUCAAGAUUCAUGGCCAUCCUUGGACGGAGGGCAGGUACAUCCGCUGGGCACCGACAUGGCAGAACAGCGGGUGGCUAGAGCCCGACUCCCAGUAUGGCACCAACGAAAUAUUCUAUCUAACUACGCAAGGACAUCUUGUUUCCACCGUAUACCCCGGGCCCCAAGCGUACAUUCUCGGCACACCAGGUACUAAUGCCAAUGCCAACGAUUGGGGCGAGGUGUUGUUUUUGUGGUCGAACCAAGGCGUCUGGCCUCAGCGUCAAUACGCCAAAUGCGCCAAGGACUCUGAUCCGUGUUCCAACGGAUUCUCCUGUUCGAUCAUUGACGAUAUUGGCGUGCAAAGAUUCCAGAUGUCAAUUCGGGUUCCAACGUUCCUUUUGAAUGGGGGUGGAUCGUAUGACGAAAGUUCGAGGUUCACUCCUUCCUGGCAUAGGAGGCCCGACACCGCGGUCUUUCAGUACCUUCCGGUCACCUUGACAUAUGAGGACGUAGCUUGUCCAUGCUAUUGA